AUGAAGCGAGUCACGGACCAUCAGAAAAGCAAAUCUGCCCAGUUUGUGGUGGUGCCUAUAUCAGAAGAGACGUUCUACGUCGCCAUCUUCAACGAUGCGGGCCCAAGGGAGAUUACCAACCUCCCACUCAAGGAAAGCCAGGGAGAAAGCGAAAGUCCUGUAACGCCUGCGCUACAGCGCGAGUAUUCUGUGACGGAGAGGUUCCUUGCGAAUCCUGCUUACAAAAGGGUCUGA